AUGAGCGUUAAUUAUUUGGACAUGGAAGAAGGGAGACUUCCUCAGGCACCACUUUCUUACAUACCCAAAGAUCCGGAUAAAUCAAAUUACAAAAACAAAGUCAAGAGGCACAGCAUACACGGAAUGAUGGAAGAAGAAAAUGUCGUUAGACCGCAUCAGGAAAUGGCACAGCUGUCGUUGGAUGAAAAAAAAUUUCUUUUAGCAGUCGAAAGGGGAGACGUGGCAUCAACGAGAAGAACGUUGCAAAAAGCUCAAGAAACGGAUUUUAUAAAUAUAAAUUGCGUUGAUCCAUUGGGACGUUCGGCACUUUUAAUGGCCAUAGAUAAUGAAAAUCUCGAAAUGGUCGAAUUAUUAAUCGAACAUAAAGUCGAAACGAAGGAUGCUUUACUUCAUGCCAUUUCCGAAGAAUUCGUCGAAGCUGUCGAAGUACUUUUGGAUCACGAAAAAACAAUACAUAAACCUGGAGAACCUCACAGUUGGGAAGCGUUACCGCCGGAUACGGCAACAUUUACACCGGAUAUAACGCCAUUGAUAUUAGCAGCUCAUAGAGAUAAUUACGAAAUAAUAAAAAUAUUACUUGAUAGAGGUGCCACGUUACCAGAUCCCCAUCACGUGAGAUGCGGUUGUAAGGAAUGCGUGACGUCAAGACAAGAAGAUUCUUUAAGACAUUCUAGAAGUAGGAUAAACGCAUAUAGAGCAUUGGCAAGUCCAUCACUGAUAGCAUUAUCAUCAAAAGAUCCCAUAUUGACAGCAUUUGAAUUAAGUUGGGAAUUGAGAAGGUUGAGUUUUCUAGAACACGAAUUUAAAAUUCAAUAUCAGAUAAAAACGAGAUCAAAACAAUGCCAAGAUUUUGCAACGGCUUUAUUAGACCACACUAGGAGUUCAUACGAAUUAGAAGUUUUGUUAAAUCACGAUCCCACGGGACCCGCUUUCGAACACGGUGAAAGAAUGCAUUUAAAUCGUUUAAAAUUAGCCAUUAAAUUAAGGCAAAAAAAAUUCGUUGCUCAUCCAAACGUCCAGCAAUUACUUGCGUCCAUUUGGUACGAGGGACUCCCGGGUUUUCGUAGGAAAAACAUGAUACUCCAAGCAAUGGAAAUUGUCAGGAUCGGAAUACUUUUCCCAUUUUUUUCUCUCAUGUACAUUCUGGCACCACAUUCUAAAAUAGGACAAACAAUGAGAAAACCUUUUAUUAAAUUCAUAUGCAAUUCAGCAAGUUAUUUAACUUUUCUAUUUUUACUCAUACUUGCAUCACAAAGAAUCGAAACGGUCGUGGGUGAUCUUUUCGGAUUGACAAACGAUGGUAUGAAAGCACCGGAUAUAACGACAAAAAGAGGAGCUUUACCAUCCAUAAUCGAAUGGCUUAUACUUUUUUGGGUUGCCGGUUUGAUUUGGAGUGAAAUAAAACAACUUUGGGAUGUCGGACUCGAAGAAUACGUACACGAUAUGUGGAACGUUAUAGACUUCGUUACCAUGUCUUUAUACGUUGCCACCGUGGCAUUAAGAAUCGUUGCUUACUACAGGGUUCAAAAAGAAAUAAGCGAAGGUACCGGAUCAAAUAGACUAUAUAUCGAAUUACAAAGAGAAGAAUGGGAUACGUGGGAUCCUAUGUUAAUAGCAGAAGGACUUUUUUCAGCAGCUAAUAUAUUUAGUUCCCUCAAAUUGGUGUACAUAUUUUCAGUUAAUCCAUAUUUAGGCCCUCUUCAAGUUUCACUCAGCAGAAUGGUUUUAGACAUAAUGAAAUUUUUUUUCCUUUACGUGUUGGUAUUAUUUGCAUUUUCCUGCGGUUUAAAUCAACUUCUUUGGUAUUAUGCGGACAUGGAAAAAAAAAAAUGCGUGCCGGAAUACGAUUUGGGUAAAAACAUGACAAAAAAUCUGUCGUCCGACAGAACAGCGUGCCUUGUUUGGAGAAGAUUUUCAAAUUUGUUCGAAACGACUCAAACGUUAUUUUGGGCAGUUUUCGGUUUGAUCGAUUUGGAUAGUUUCGAAUUGGAGGGAAUAAAAACAUUUACAAGAUUUUGGGGUAUGCUCAUGUUUGGAACUUAUAGCGUUAUCAAUAUUGUCGUUUUGCUCAAUCUUCUUAUAGCAAUGAUGAAUCAUAGUUAUCAGCUCAUAUCCGAAAGAGCUGACGUUGAAUGGAAAUUUGCACGUUCGAAAUUAUGGAUAAGUUAUUUCGAAGAAGGUGGUACCGUGCCACCUCCUUUUAAUAUAAUACCAACAUUUAAAAGCAUGUGGUAUUUGAGUCAGUGGUUGUAUAGAAAACUUUGCGGUCAUUCGAGAGCGGCUAAAAAAGAACACAUGAGAACGAUAAGGAGCAUAAUGAGAAAUCUUGUUAGAAGGUACGUAACGGUCGAACAAAGAAAAGCAGAAUCACAAGGAGUCACGGAAGAUGACGUGAACGAAAUAAAACAGGAUAUAUCUGCAUUUAGAUGCGAACUCAUUGAAAUAUUAAAAAAUUCUGGAAUGAAUACGAGCACGGCUUCCGGAAUGGGUGCAGGUUCCGGUGGUAAGAAAAACCGUCAGAAGGAAAGAAGGUUAAUGAAAGGUUUUAAUAUAGCACCAACACCGGGACCGGGUGUACCAUUGGCACCCGUUGCCGAAUUUAUAGCAAAUUUACAAGCAGAACCUGAAAUAUUACAACAUCAAGAUUUAUUCGGUUCUACUAUAUCAGGAAUUAUAGGGACUCCAAACACAGUGCCAAAAAAAUCAAAUCAAUUAAGAGAAUCAAUGCACGAUGCUCCAUCUUCGGCUCCACCAUAUGUACAAACAGGAAGUUUAAGCACUUCACUUCCGUCACAAAAAUCAUUAUCUAAACUCACUCCAAAAUUUAACAUUUCGAAAAGGAGUUCGAGUCGUAAGAAAAGAUGGGGAACAUUAAUGGAAGCUGCUAAAUCGGGAAAAGUGAGUAAACUCAUAAAUAGGAGUCGAUCCGAGGAUUCCGUUUGCAAUUCUAAAACCGAUAGAUAUUCGACAAACAACAACAACAACAACAGCAACAGUCCGGGUAGCGAUGAAAAUCAAACCGAAUCACAAUCGGAUUCAAAUCCAAGUUUGGUCGAUGCUUUGGGUAGCGGUUUAUCAAGUUUACAAUCGGGAUUAUCGAAUUUCGGUUUGGGUUCGAGUGCGUUGGCAGCAUUGAAAAGAAAACGUAAAAAAUUUUCAACAUCAAGAACGAAACAAUGUAUUAAAAGUGAUGAUAAAAGUUCAGAUACCGUACAGAUACCCGUUUCGAAUGUUUAUUCACUUUGCGACGAAUCAAAUAAUAAACUUUUAAAAAGAGCUAGUUCAGUGCCUACGCGUAAUCAAGAAGUUAACACUGUUAAAUUAGUACAAUUUAAAGAAGAUGAUGGAAACGAUCGAGAUGAAAUCAAUUCGUCGAAUAAUAAAAAUCCGUUACUCGGUAAUUUAGAUUAUAAAAUAAAUCAAAUGAAAAGUUCGAGUUCGAUCGAAUCCAAUCAAGAAUCACAACAACAACAACAACCGGAUAAACCACAGACGAAAAAUACCGAACAAAGUUUAGCUUUUAAAUCUAGGAACGGGAGUGCAACGUUGCCAAAUUUACCCGGAGUACAACCCGUUAGCGGAUCCCAAGGAUGGCUAUAG